GGACACUUCGAUAGGAUUGACUGGCCAAUUUCCGACUUUGAUUGCCAAGGGAUUAAGUUUAUUGAUCGUUCACCUGUUUACGGGCACAUCCUGUACUGUGGAUUGCGGCGGCUUAUCGUUAUCUCUCAUGUAACUUGAUUGCCGAUUGGAAAUUGAUUUGAAAUAGAUUGACCGAAGGUGUCUCGUACCGCAAAGCGAUCCCAGCCGUGGACGAAGGAAGUCAACAGCGUGAUUCUACUUGUGGCAUUGAAAAUGAAGAUUCUGUUUGUGAUUUCUGGAAUUUUGCUAGUGGCUUUGGCCGUGCAAGGUCGACCAGCAUGUGAAGAGUGUGACGAUGAAGUCCCACUGGCUGUUCCGGAUGAGAAUGUACUGAAAGUGGUUAAGAUUCAACCAAUGAAACCAGAUGACUCAAACGUUCAAGAGAUUAACAUCAUUGACGCUCCUGUUGUUUGCCCGGAGGGCCAGAAGCCAGAUCAUAAUGGAAAGUGCCGCCCAGUGUGGAACGGAUAGGGGUAACGUCUGCGGAACCUAAGACGUAGAAUGUACCUAAAUCGUUAUCAGUAUUGUUUUGCUGUUUGCUUGCCACUUGCUAGUUUACAACUUCCUGUGAAUGUACCGAUGCUGAUUGCACCUGAAUAGUGCAAUUGAAGUGAUAAUUUUAUCAAAAAUAUAUACGUUCAAAGAAGCAUUUAAGUUUACUUCCUGAAUAAAAUGCAUUACAUUUAUACAGAAA